UAUAUCAUUUCAGAAAAUAGCAGUAGUAUUAUAAUACCAACACAUUCACAAAAUCACUCGCAAAUAUAUAUCUUAAUAGAGAAUCUUCUGUGUGCAGAAAUGAGAGAUACAAUAUAUGAAAUAAUUUUUUGUCCUCGAAAUGACAUGCAUGAUACUAGUGAACCUGUAAUUACUAGACUAAUACCUCCAGACAUAACCAGAUUGCAUCCAGAUGAAGUAAAAAUUAAACUUUGCGAGAAAAUGUAUGGAACAAUAUUCGAAGAUAUUUUUUGUAUUAAAACUUUUGAGAUUUUCUUAACAACUCAACAGCCAGAAAUUGUCACUAAAAAAACGAGUAAGCCUUCUACCACUGAAAUUUCGCAAAUAUAUAUUUCGAUAAUUGAAAAAAUGAUGUGUAUACAAAAAAGUGCACAUGAUAAUUCAAUUAUUGAGUAUGACUGCCCGUCGCCUAAUGAUUUCGGGUUGUCAGAGACGCAAGUACAAAUUUUGAUGUGUCAAGAAUUGGCUGGAACGAUAUACGCAGCGAUUUAUUGCCCAACCGAUGAGAUAUAUAUUUUAAUUUCCGAGAUUAAGGACGAAAUCUAUUUAGCAACGCUUCCAAGUGACCAAACGUUUAAAACGACUUUCGGAAUCAUAAUACAGAACACUGUGUGCGACAUAACUUUAGGAACCAUAUAUGAAAUUAUUUUUUGUCCAAGAAACCGGGAUAUCUAUGAUACCACUACAGACAGAAUUCGAAGGAUUAUCCCUGAUGACAUACUUAGGCCGGACCCGGAACUACUGCAAGGAAUAUUAUGCCAAAUGAUGAGAGGCACAGAAUAUGAAAAGAUUUUUUGUCUAAAAAAAAAUGUUGAAGACUUUUCUACACCAACAUCCGUAACGGAUUUAUCAACGAUUCUAAAACCAGAAACAUCUCAAAAAGAAGAAACUCAGACACCAGUAGUUGAUGGUAACGAGGAACCAACAACUGAAAAAACUCAGACACCAGUAGUUGAUGGUAACGAGGAACCAACAACUGAAAAAACUCAGACACCAGUAGUUGAUGGUAACGAGGAACCAACAACUAAAAAAACUCAGACACCAGUGAUUGAUGGUAAUAAGAAACCAUCAACUGAAAAAUCUCAGACACCACAGGUUGAUGGUAAUGAGAAACCAACAACUGAAAAAACUCAGACACCAGUAGUUGAUGGUAAAGAGGAACCAACAACUGAAAAAACUCAGACACUAGUGGUUGACGGUAACGAGGAACCAACUACUGAAAAAACUCAGACACCAGUGGUUGAUGGUAACGAGGAACCAACAACUGAAAAAACUCAGACACCAGUAGUUGAUGGUAACGAGGAACCAACAACUGAAAAAACUCAGACACUAGUGGUUGAUGGUAACGAGGAACCAACAACUGAAAAAACUCAGACACCAGUAGUUGAUGGUAACGAGGAACCAACAACUGAAAAAACUCAGACACUAGUGGUUGAUGGUAACGAGGAACCAACUACUGAAAAAACUCAGACACCAGUAGUUGAUGGUAAUGAGGAACCAACAACUGAAAAAACUCAGACAUCAGUGGUUGAUGGUAAUGAGAAACCAACAACUGAAAAAACUCAGACACUAGUGGUUGAUGGUAAUGAGAAACCAACUACUGAAGUAACUCAGACACCAUCGUUUGACGGUAUUAAAAAACCAACAACUGAAAAAACUCAGACACCAGUAGUUGAUGGUAACGAGGAACCAACUACUGAAAAGACUCAGACACCAGUGGUUGAUGGUAAUCAGGAACCAACAACUGAAAAAACUCAGACAUCAGCGACUAAGAAUGUUAAUACAAUACCUACAGUAACAACCCAAAAACCAACAACCCCGUCAAAAAUAAAAAAACCAAACUGCAAAUUAAUAUAUAAUAUAGGAACUGGAAAAAUAUCUUGCUAUAUACCACCUAAAAAAACCCAAACAUCAACAGUUAAAACUACCUACAAAACAACAAUUAAAGAAACCCAAAAACCAAUAAAACAUGGUACUAAGGAACCAACAACAGCACAAACUCAGACACCAGCAGUUGAUGAUACUAAGACAUCAGCGGUUGAUGGCACUAAGGAACCAACAACUGCAGAAACUCAGACAUCAACGGUUUAUGGUACUGAGGAACGAACAACUGCAGAAACUCAAAAACCAAUUGUUGAUAGUACUAGGGAACCAACAACUGCACAAACUCAGACAACAGCAGUUGAUGGUAUUGACCAACAACUGCAGAAACUCACUCAACGAUGGUUGAUGGUAUGGAGACACCAACAACUGCACAAACUCAGACAACAGCAGUUGAUGGUACCGUGA